GCAUGCUGACCCACUCCAGGUGCAACCAAUGACCUUGAUGGUGACCCGUUGAGGGAAUAAAAGCAUCAUCAGUGUGACUCCCACAUGUUGAGUCACAAUGGCUUACUUUUGGCAUGGCGCGGUCCUCUUCAGCCUUGUUGUUGCCGCUUCCGUGCAUGCAGAAAUGAAGCUGGACUGCAGGCCAGGGUUUGUGUCGCUGGUGUGGACCGAACGCAGAUCCCAGGUGGACACCUCGCUUUUCCGUCUGGGAAGCUGCACGCCGACUAGCACCACGGCCUGGGCGGCAACUUUUAAUGUGGAGUUCAUUGACUGCGGAUUCAGGUCAAUGGUGACUGGGAACCAGUUUGUGUACAGCAGUGAGUUGACCUAUUCUGAUUCCAAAGGGCAAACUCUUAUCCAGCCGGUUGUUUGCAUGUUUGACAGGCCAAAUGACUGGUUCCCAAUCACUUAUGACCCGGUGUUUGAGACCUACGGCCAAUCGGAUCUCGUCUUCCAUAUGGCGCUGAUGAAUGAUGACUUCUCAGGCCCGGCUGAAUCCACUCGGUUUACUCUUGGGUCAUUCAUCCCGAUCAUGGCUCGUGUCGAGCAGAAUACCCAUCAGCCAUUGCUGCUGCUGAUGGAGGAAUGCGUCGCUGCCACUACGCCGCAGCUGCACCCUGACAGCCAUUUGUACAACAUAAUUACAAAUAAGGGGUGCCUCACGGACAGCAAGAGAUCUCGGUCCAGGUUCGAGCCAAGGACAAUGACUUCUGAAAUCCUCCUGUCCCUACAAGCUUUUAAGUUUGCGCUUGGUGAAGAGGUCUUUAUCCACUGCAAACUGGUGGCAUGGAAUCCCGAAGGCAUUGACACCACCAAGAAGGCGUGCAGCUUUGUUAAAGGACAAGGUUGGAAGCUACUAGACAACCCAGCAUACAGCAACCUGUGUGACUGCUGUGAAACCAGUUGCAAGUCCAGAUGGACAAGGAGUACACAUCCAGGGCAUCAUGGAAUCGCCCAGAAAGUAGUCCUCGGUCCCUUGACUAUCACUGAUGUAUAGAUGGUAUGAAGGACUGGAUACGCCCAAACUGUUUUAUUUGGUUGUAUACAGCUUAAAAAUUGUCUAUCAUUAAACAUCUGGAACGACCCA